AUGCGGCGCUGUAUUCGUUUGAUGUACGCGUGCAGCAGCGGUGCAAUGGCUGGCGCUGCGCCUCCGCCCGCUGUGCUGGAGGCGAGCGUUAGCUCGUCUGUCAGGCUCUACCAGAAGUGUCUCAACCCAAUGACCUCACCGGAGGAUGUGGCAAGCUUAACAGCAGCUCUUCUUCCUUCGAUCGGUAGGGGAGAGCUUGCACUGCAUCAGCAGGUUCAACUACUUCGAACCCUCGCUGCACGCUCGAUUCGGUACGAGGAUGUCAUGCUGAAGUGCCUGUGGACUGUUUUCAAAGCCCCCUCACCCACUGACGAUGACGUUUCCGUAGAGUCUCCCAAGGCGAGGCAGUGCUAUUCGCUGUCUGAGCUCUCUGCGUACACGAGUAGCGCCUUCCAAGUAAUGGCUGAGCAGCGGUUUCUCAACGACCCGCAGAUGAUGGCAGUGGCGCUUGGCCGCUGCGUAGAGUUAAUCCCCUACGCGAGUUUAGAUGGGCUUCGGAGCGCGUACCGCGGCUUGCGCGCCGUGAACCACAUGUUCUUCAGCGUCGCGGAGGUAGCGCAUCACAGCAGCGAGGUAACGGAGCGGAUGACGACAAAGGAGUUUUACGAGACAGCAGACGUACCCGACGAGGAGACUCUGCGACACCAACCGAAUUUGCUUGAUGUGCUGUGCGGUGAAGUGGAGCUGCAACUACGACGCCUGUGCGACGCCUUUGCGAGAGCAGUACCCGGCCCAUUCGAUGUGGAGGACGCUUUACCUGCACCGAUUGCGACAGAGGCGCUGUUCACCUCUUCGGCUGCGCGGGACACCCACGAGGCACAGUGGUUCUUGGAUGUGCUGGAGGCCCUCUCCGUGGUCGGUGUGCUGCACGCCGGCACACUGGACAGCUUAACCGCCCUUGCCAGUCGAUAUUGCACCCAGUCCUCCGCGGGCUUUUUCAUUAAGGCCCUUACUUACGCUACGCUCAUCGAGGAACGAGUGGUGGACCCGUUGACGUACGAGGAAUCGGCCGCGGUGCGCGAUGCGCGCCGACAUCUCACGCUGCAUCUCAGCGGCAAGAUACUGCAGGCACGCGGCAUCCACGGGUACCUGCGGCGGCACCCCCAGGAGCUUCUACUGCUCCGCCGUUUGUUUGAGCGCGACACCGCCGAACCCACCCUUUCUCCCGACCUGUGGGACGCCGUUCGAACUAUUCACGUUGCCCAUCGUCACACGGUAGCUGCGUCGCAGACAAGUCGUCGACCAGUUGGGGCGCUGUUCCAGAGAAUGUACGACGUGAAAGUGAAGCCGAUCUCAGUCGACAACGCAGAGACGGAGCGCUUCGUGCCGCCCGAGUUCAAAACAUGGCGAAGCCCCGCUGCUACAGCGCGCGGAGGCCAUCCCCGAAAUGGACGCACGCCGAGGCGCAUGGCGUUUGGCACACGCCGCAUCUCCAAAAACUACAUCAAGAACAAGCGUAGGAAGUUCUGCCCAGCGGUAUUUUGA